CGCGUAUGCAAGUUCUGAUAUAUAACAUAUCGCUGGUAUUAUAUAUGUGUAUAUAUAUUUUUUUUCAGGCUAUUCAACAAGCUAGGACUACACGUUGACGAUUCUUGAGAUAUGGAGAUACUAGGAUUGUUGUUUGUCUCCAACUGGCUAGUGUACACUGUUGCAGCCCUGUUAGCUGUGUAUCUGUACCUGACAAAGAAUUUUGGCUAUUGGAAGAGAAGGGGGAUAAAAGAGAUCACAACCAGAUAUCCGUACCAGGGUAUCCUGUAUUUUUUAAGAAAGCCUUUUCAGGAAAUACAGGAGGAAUGCUACAAGAAAUAUGGAAAGAUUUAUGGGCUCUACGAAGGGCGAAAUCCUAUGCUAAUGGUGGGAGAUCCGGAGCUUGUAAAGCUUAUCCUGGUCAAGGAUUUUCAUGCUUUCACCGAUCGCAGUGGUAUUUCGAGUGAUGACCCCAUUCUGAGCAAAUUUUUAUCGAUUCAGUGUGGAGAAGAAUGGAAGCAAACCAGAAGUGUCAUUUCACCAACUUUCAGCACCAGUAAAAUAAAAAAAAUGACUGGGCUCGUUGAAGACACUGUGAAAAGCUUGAUUCGAAACCUUGAGGAAGCUGCCGACAAGAAGGAAGUUAUUGACUGCAAAAAAUUGUUUGGCGCUUUUACUAUGGACACCAUCGCAGCUUGUGCCUUCGGAACUCGUGUUGAUUCUUAUAAAAAUCCUGACAAUCCUUUCGUUAUUCACGCACGAAAACUGUUCAAUAAAGACGUCAAACCAUUGGAUAUUCUAGCAUUUAUGAACCCUAAACUAGCCCGAUUUUUUGGAAUCAACAUUAUCGGCGAAGAAAUGGUGAAUUUCUUCAAAAAUGUUACCAAUCAAAUUAUUGAAUACAGGCAAGAACACAAUGAGAAACAAAAUGAUUUUCUUCAGCUUAUGCUAGAUGCUCAGGAAUCUACCCAGGAAGUCGAAGAUGACCAUGAUGAAGUCAAUAAUUUAAUGGACAGUGCACAUGUCCAUGAAGAUGAGAAUAAGGAAUUUGUGUUAAAGCCAUCCAAACGAAAGAUUCUGACAAGAGAUGACAUUUUAGCCAAUAGCAUAUUGUUUUUCCUGGCUGGCUACGACACAACAGCCAAUGCAUUAUCCUACUGUGUGUACUGUUUAGCUCUGAACCAAGAGUGCCAAGAGAAACUAAUCCAAGAAAUUGAUCACGUCUGGGAAGAACAUGAUGGGAUUGACUACGAACAGAUAGGAAAAAUGGCCUACCUCGACCGCGUUUUGUCAGAGACGUUACGACUCCACGGUACCGUCGUGUUACUCGAUAGAAAAGCCACUGUUGACUACGAGUUAGGAGACACGGGAAUCACCAUACCUAAAGGCAUGGUCGUCCAAAUACCUAUCUACUCAAUUCACCAUGAUCCCGAGUAUUAUCCUGAACCUCAUACCUUCGACCCAGAAAGGUUCCUUCCAGAGAACAAAAAUAAUCGUCACCCUUAUACUUACUUACCAUUUGGUGCUGGGCCUAGGAACUGCGUGGGAAUGAGAUUCGCUUUGUUAGAAGUUAAGCUUUGUCUCGCGUUUGUAUUGAGAAACUUCCGUUUCCGCCCUUGCUCCGAAACCAAGGUACCACUUGAAUAUUAUAAUGGUCAAGUACUAAUUCAAGCCAAGGAGGUGUCGUUGGUCGUUGAAAAGCGUGAAGAGGUGUGGUCUUUGUAGUUCUUUUCCAACGUUUCUGUGUGUGUGUUGCCCUGUAACUCGAAGCAUGUAAACGUUGUCACGCAAAAAGUGGCCCGUAUCGUAUUCCAUUUUUGGAACAUCUUAAAACUAAACUGAAUGACGUAUAACUGUUCACAUAAAACACUUGAAAUUAGAAAUUCUGCUAAAUUUUUCACUUAUUUGUAUAUUAUGAUUAUAAUAAAUAUGUUAAUCUCAAAA